UUUCAGUUUUGUUGCCAGAAAAAAGGGGAAAAACCCUAUUAUAUUUUGGUACUGGCAAAGGAGGUCUAAUGAUGGUUGUGACUACUUUGUUAACAAAAUGAAUGGUCUAUUUCCACCUCCAAAAUGUAACGUUAAAUAACAAUUAGGUACAUUGGCCCUUUGUUGGAAAAAAAAAAACCCAGUCUAGAAAUUGCCCUACUUGAACAUAUGUUACUGAAAAACAUUGGUUUCAGAAGAUUCAUGGGCUCAUAGUCCUACAUUUUAAAUUGUUUAUUCGUGGUAUUAAAACUCUUGUACAGUAAAACCUUGGAUUGCGAGCAUAAUUCGUUCCGGAAACGUGUUUGUAAUCCAAAGCACUCGUAUAUCAAAGCACUCGUAUAUCAGUUGUGAUCACGUGACGCUCGGCAGUACAAAGCUGCUCGUAUUGCAAGACCCUCGCUCGUUUAUCAAAUUAAUAUUUAUUAAAAAUUUUGCUUGUCUUGUAAAACACUCGCAGACCAAGUUACUCGCAAUCCAAGGUUUUACUGUAUAUGCUGCUCUCUAACAGCACUUGGCCCAGCGGUCUGUUAAGACUAUACGGGGGAUCUUUUUUGUCUGCGUGCAGGUGUUGAUCCAGGGGCUGCAGCAUUUAAACCGCGCGAUGCACGACGACAUCGUGUGCGUGGAGAUGUUCCCCGAGGAGCGCUGGGUUGCCCCCUCCUCGCUGGUCCUGCACGAUGAGGGCGUCGCAGGGGACGUUGCAGAAGAGAAUGAAGAGGAUGUGCUGAAAGCCGAAAGUGGGAAGAUGCGUCGGCCCACUGGCAAAGUGGUCGGCAUCAUCAAGCGGAACUCGAGGCCGCUGUGCGGCAUGCUCAUGCCCAGCCCAAUCAAGGAGGCCACCCGCCACCUGUUCACGCCCGCGGACCGCCGCAUGCCACGAGUGCGGGUGGAGACAAGACAAGCAGCGUCCCUGCAGGCCCACCGCAUCGUGGUGGCCAUCGGUGGCUGGCUGCGACACUCCCGCUACCCGAACGGCCAUUUUGUGCGCUCUCUGGGCGAAUGUGGGGAUAAGGAGACGGAGACGGAGGUGCUGCUGCUGGAGCACGACGUGCCACACCAGCCCUUCAGCCAGGCCGUACUUGCAUGCCUGCCCCCUCCCACGUUCAGCAUCACAGCAGAGGACCAGGCUGGCAGGGAGGACCUUCGUGCGUUGUCCAUCUGCAGUGUGGAUCCUCCAGGCUGCACAGACAUCGACGAUGCCCUACACUGCAAACCGCUCGACAAUGGGAACACCGAGGUUGGGGUACACAUCGCCGAUGUGAGCUAUUUUAUCCGGCCGGGGAAUGCCUUGGAUGAGGAGGCAUCUCUGCGUGGUACCACAGUUUACCUGUGUGAGAAGAGGAUUGAUAUGGUGCCAGAGUUAUUGAGCUCAAACCUGUGUUCCUUGAGAUCCAACGUCGACCGGCUGGCGUUCUCGUGCAUAUGGGAGAUGACUCCAAAGGCUGAGAUUGUGAGCACACGUUUUACCAAGAGCAUCAUCAAUUCCAAGGCGUCUCUGACGUACGCAGAGGCUCAGCUAAUGAUGGACGACGCUGGGCGGAAGGAUCCGGUCACCAGCAGCUUGCGUGGCCUCAACUCCCUGGCCAAGAUCCUCAAGCAGAGGCGCAUUCAAAACGGGGCAUUGACUCUGGCAUCCCCUGAGGUCCGAUUCCACAUGGACAGCGAAACCCACGACCCGAUCGACCUGCAGACCAAGGAACUCAAGGAGACCAACUCGAUGGUGGAGGAGUUCAUGUUGCUCGCCAACAUCUCCGUGGCGGAGCGCAUCGUAGGCGAAUUCCCCGAGUGUGCGCUGCUCCGACGCCACCCGGCGCCUCCGCCUUCCAACUACGACAUCUUGGUGAAGGCGGCGAAAUCAAAGAACAUCGAGAUCCAGGUGGACUCGGCUAAGGCGUUGGCCGAGUCCCUGGACCGGGCGGCGGUGCCGGGAGCGCCACCAUACCUCAACACUCUGCUGCGCAUCCUGGCCACGCGCUGCAUGAUGCAGGCCAUCUACUUCUGCUCCGGCAUGGAGCCCGACACCCACCACUACGGGCUCGCCACCGCCAUCUACACCCACUUCACGUCGCCCAUUCGACGAUACUCGGAUGUGAUUGUGCACCGGCUGCUGGCCGUGUGCGUGGGCGCCGACCCCACGUACCCGGCGCUCACCGACAAGCAGAAGCAGCAGCAGCUCUGCAACAACCUCAACUACCGCCACAAGAUGGCGCAGUACGCCCAACGCUCGUCUGUAGCUUUCCACACGCAGGUGGGAGGCGGAAGUGUGGGCCACGUGGAGCUUGCACGGCGUGUGCUUAGGCACCUGAUAAUGCGUCCAUUCGUCUCUUGAAAACCAUUUUUAAGGUCACGAAAGCAGGCAUCGUAUUGUGCGUGUAGUAAGAAUCAAUUGUUUUCUAUUCGCACGCUUACGUGUGGUGGUGCCGUGGCUGUACUGGUUGGCUACACUUGACAUUGCUUUUCAGCAUUCUUCUGUGUUUGCUGAAAAACCUAGUCACUUGGCACAUUUGCCCAUGAUGUGACAACUUUAUUUGAUUGGCUCUGUCAGGUGAUGGAGGAUUAUAGUCAAUACAAUUGACAUUGUACCUUCACGAUUGAACUCAAAAUAAUCCCCAUGACAUGAUCCUCGCAUCUCG